UAAUAGAGUAGAGAGAUUUAAGCGAUCAAUGGAUACGUCAUGUCGGAACUUCUUGACGUCGACACCUUACCUUGUUUCGAGCCAAUUUCAAUGGCGAUUCCCGCUCUUUCUCCUCCUGAACCUCAUUUCGAAUACCAAGAAGAAGAAGAUCCAGUCUCUCCCGCCCAAAACCCUAAUUUCAUGGACCAGCAACAACUGGAAGAAGGAGAAGGAGAAGGAGAAGGAGAAGGAGAAGUAGAACAGAACCAGUUUGAUCCGCCUCAAUCGUCUGAAACCUUAACCCUAGAACUGCCCGAUCCCCGACAGAACUCCCCCCAGGAGGAUCCGCAAGAUCCAGAACUUCAAGUCAAUGAAAGUUUCAUCAAGGACCACGAUCCUAGCGACCAAGGUGAGUCUAAUGCUCUCUCUUCUCGAAUCAUCGAUAUCAAUGCGUUGGUUUCUUCCGCGGUUGUUUCUCGACGGCUUCCGAAGGGGAAGAAGUGGUCGAUGAAACGAAGAUUCCUUCAGGAGAAAUCUCAGAAGAAGCUUGAGAUUCUGGUUGGUACUUUCAAACCUAUUCCUUUUGUGCCGGAUAAAAUCCUGGAUUUUUCGAGUCACGAGAAGCUGUUGAAGCGAUUGGGGUUGUGGGAUUUUGUUCAUACUAAGUUCGAUAGGUCUGUGCGAUUUGAUCUUCUUUUGCAAUUAGUUGCGAAUUUUAACCACAGCCAGAGGUAUAGUUAUGUCAAUGGGAUCAGAAUCAUGGUGAAUAGGGCUGAUUUGGCUCGUGCCUUGCGGUUGCCAGUGAAGAAAUCGAUGAUAAUGGAGGAUGGUGAGGAAUAUCCCAUAGCAUCAGAGGAAUCGAUCGCCUUUAUUGAGGAUUUUGUGUCCAACUGGUUACUCUUACACGAAGAUACUUGGAUGAUGCCCAAUGAGGCUUUGAAUUGGACAAAGGCGAUCAAGAUUGGGAACUUUGAGCGGGUUGAUUGGGCUGGUUUGAUUUGGUUUAUGGUGGAGAAGGAGUUGAUACAAUCUCCACAAUUGGUGAACUGUUACUAUGCUUCACAUUUGCAGUGCCUGAUCCGGUCACAGCGGGAGGAUUUAUUGAAGGAAGAAGCAUCAAAGGUAGAAGAGGUCGAACUCAAGGAGGAGGUGAAGCAGGAACCAGAGCAAGAUCAAGAUGAAGAACAGGAUGAUGAAGAUGGGGUUUGUAGUGAGAAUCCAAAGAUGGUAGGGAACGAUGACUUCAUGGUUAAGAACUUGGAGGAACACAAUGUUGAAUUGUGCCUCGGGCGAGACAAUGUCGACAAAGUCGACGUUCAAAAGGAGACAGCUAGUGUUGGGGAUAUGAUGGAUUUAUUGGAUAGCAAAGAAGAAGAAGAAGAGCAAGGUCGGUGGCUUUCGAAUGGAAAUGGCAAUGGCCUUGAGCUCUUGUUAAGGAGGUGCCAUACAAAUGAAUUCAAGGAAUUUAAUUUUGGAGAUGAUAAGAAAGUCGCAUUAGAAGAAGGGGAUGAUCAAAGAAAGGAAGAACAGGAAGAACAGGAAGAACUGGAAGAAAUGGAAGAACAGGAAGAACAGUUCUGCCUGUUGCCAACGAGCAAUCCUAUUGAUGGAUUUCCUUCAAGCCAAUUUGUUCAAGAAAUGGAGACAGAGCCAAUCACUUUUAACUCAGAAUUUGAAUUACAUUGUCCUUCAUCUGUUGAAUGUGUAACUUUUGUUAAUAGCAACAAGAGAGGGAUUGACCCUGAUGAUAUUGACAACCCAGCUCAGUCUCUCAAUAAGAGGUUAAGAAGCGAAGGUCCUCUUGACUAUGGUAAUUGUAUGGAUAACUUACAGCAGUGGCUUGAUAAAGCUCGGAUGAUUUCCACAGAGAAAGAGCAGGUUCAUCGGCAGGCCACUAUGAAUCAGCAAUGCUUGCUUCUCGAGCUGCAGCAGAGAGACACCUUUAUUGAACAUUUGAGAAGGACAAAGUUUGAGGAGCAACGGAAGAUGCAGUCUGAUAUUUACAGGCUUGAGCGCGAGCUCUACGUGAUGGGAACUUUAUUGGAUGACUACAGAAAGGCAUUGAGGGAAACACACAAAGCAUUUGCAGAGUAUAGAGCCCGAUGCCCACAAUUUGAUGAACCACUUUACAGAGAUGUUGCUGGUUCUGGUGGUCUUGUUCUCAGCACCAUGGAACUGGAGAGGAUGCGUCUGAAGCAGGCAGAGGAAGACAAACUAAGCCGCUUGGUUAUUGAAAAGAGGUUCAAAUCCUUGGAAGACAAGUUUGUUGAUGUGUUUCAUGGACAUCUUGAGGAGGUUAGUUCACUGGAUAGUAGGCUGCUAGAAGUUUUUGAUCAAGUGCAAACCAUGAGAAUCAUUCACAAAUAGGAAAGCUUCAGAAGCUUUGGAACCCAUUUCAAAUGAGUGAUGCAAACCCGGGGGCUCUUUGUAACAGCCAAGCCCACCGCUAGCAGAUAUUGUCCUUUUUGGGCUUUCCCUCAAGGUUUUUAAAACGCAUCUGCUAUGGAGAGGUUUCUACGCAUAAAGUAUGUUUUGUUCUCCUCUUCGGGGAUGUUAACAUGAGAUCGUGUAUAGUUAAGUUGUGAAUAAUCAGUGUUCUUUCUAAGAUUUUGCAGAUUCAAACAGGAAAGGUAAUCCAUUUUUAUUUUCCUGAUUCAAAUUAAUGGGUGUUGUUCUUUA